UUCAUUCAUUCAUUCUUUCUUUCUUUUUAGCAUUGUUUUAUUUAACAUUCUUUUCUUCUAGAUACUUGAUAUUAGAUCAUAAAUUUAGAAUAAAUAGAUUAUAUAAAAAAAACCAUGAAACUUGAUCGAUAUACAUACAAACACAUUUCCUUCCCUACCGCACCAAGUAUUUCCGUUAUCUUAUUAUUAUGGAUUACAAUUUUUUCUACCGCAGUAACAUCCUUACCAGCACCAAAGUUUAAAAAUGGAACUAAUACCAAACAAAACGAUCGUCUUUUCGUUGAUGAUAUCUCAAAGUGUCCUCCACUACCUCCAAGAGCAGCUCCACCGACAAACGUUCGAGAUUUGAGAGCAGAUGAUAUCAAGGUUAUAAUGGGUUUAGGUGAUUCGGUUAUAGCUGGAUUCGGAGUUCGUGUUGAUAAAUUAGGUCAAAUUUUUAAAGAUGGAAAGGAACCAUUGGACGAAUAUCGAGGAGCUAAUUUCGCAGUGGGAGGCGAUCCUGAUGUAGUCUCGAUACCAAAUAUACUCAGAAAAUUUAGUCCAAAAUUAGUUGGAGAUUCAAAAGGAACUCAUAUUAUUGAAGUUUGUUAUGGUAUCUUAUGUCCAAGUAAUUAUAUUCCAAAAUUGGAUCAAUUAAAUGCAGCACAAAGUGGUGCACAGGCAUUAAAUGUUGACAAACAAGUGAAUUAUCUUAUUGAACAACUUUCUCAAAGAAAAGAUAUUGAUGUGAAAAAUGAUUGGAAGUUUGCUACAAUGUGGUUUGGUAAUAACGAUUUAUGUAAUGGAUGUACGGAUUUAUCCAAACAACUCCAAUUUUCACCUGAUCAAUUUGAAUCUCAUAUUCGUGAAGGAUUAGAAAAAAUUCGUAAAAAUGUUCCUAAAGUUUUCAUAAAUUUAAUGUCAGUAUUCAAAAUAUCACAAAUGUUUGAAGCAAGUUUAAAAGAUAAAAAUUGUGUAUUGGGUAAAGUGGCAGGAUUAUUUUUAGAAUGUCAAUGUGCUUUUGUUCCAGGACCUUUGGGUGAUAAAUCAAGAAAAUCUAUGGAUGAUUUAGCUGAUCAAUAUAAUGAAAGAUUAAAAAAAAUUACAUCAGAUUUUCAAGAAAAAAAUUAUCAAGAUUUUAUUGUAACUUAUGAUCCUGGUAUGGAAAAUAUGGAUAUAUCUAGUGGUAAUUUGGAUUUAUUAAGUGGUAUUGAUUGUUUUCACCCUUCUUUACUUGCUCACGAAAGAUUAGCAAAAGCAGUUUGGAAUAAUAUAUUCACACAACAAUCUCAAAAAACGAGUAAAUAUGAUCCAACCGCUGAUUUACCCAUCUUAUGUCUGAAUGAAGAUGAUAGAUUACGUUAAACUUAUUUUGCGAUGUUUUGGAGAUAUAUUCUCCUAAUCAUGUAAUCACCUCACUUCGUUAAUAGUAAACCCAUUAAUUGCGCCUUUUAUUUAUUUUUUUUGUAUCAUAUAAUUUUUUUGUAAUUUUUUAAUAUACAGUAAGUAAAUAGUAACAAAAUAAUAAUUCAUUAUGUAUUAGAAUUGUUCAGGAAUAGGAAAUAUAAUCGGAU